AUGUGGGGAGAGGAGGUGGCCGAGAAAGAGAAAGAAGAUGUUAUGAAGCUUGAGAAGGAAAAAAGAAAACAGGAAGAGGAAGCAAGAAAGGCCGAUGACGAGGCAAAGAAGCUUGAGAAGGAGGAAGAGGAAGCAAGAAAAGCCGAUGAGGAGACAAAGAGGAAACGUGAAGAGGAAGCAAAUAAAACUGAUGAGGAGGGUGAGAACGAACAAGUCGAGCUAACGUGCUGCUCGCAUUACCAAGGAGUUUGUGUACGGCAAGACGAGCCUGGGGGUAUUGGGAAAGGCGAAUGCGAAAAUUCCGUGAUUGACAAAGAACACAACAUUAUCCCUCCACAUUACACCCUGUCCAUAGGCCGAGAAGAUGAGAAGAAGAUACAGGUCGGAUGGAGCGUCUAUCUCUCGUUAGCUGACGUCGCGUACAAGGACAAACCAGCGGUACUCACGAUUGAAGGCCAUUCCUCAGCAACCCCUAAACCGGUCGGUUCUCCGCGUUAUCAAAAAUGCAGCGCAGUCUGGGAUGUGCCAGGGUAG